UCAAAUUAGAAGAAAAAAGAUGGCUACCACCAAUUCAUUUCUUCCCCACCACAACCACCUCCGCACCGCCCAAAAUUCCCACCGCCCAUCCCCCGCCGCCUUCGCCUCCUUCCAGGAUUUCAAAAUCGGCAAGGAUCCGGCCUCAAAACGCGCCGUCAAGCUAGCGGAAUCGAUCUCGCACAUGCUGAAUCACCAGAUCGAGAAGACGAUCCAGAAAUCGAUCGAGACCUCGAACGCAAACGUCUCCAGCUUCAAGGAGAAGCACGACACCCCCACCACCUCCCCCAAGGAGAACAUCUCCUCGAUCUGGCGCGAGAUCCACGGCUCCGGCGACUGGGACGGCCUCCUCGAUCCCCUCCACCCCUGGCUCCGCCGCGAGAUCGUCAAGUACGGCGAGUUCGCCCAGGCCAACUACGACGCCUUCGACUUCGAUUUCUACUCCGAAUACUACGGCAGCUGCCGCUACAGCCCCAGCCGCCUCUUCGACAAGCUCGGCCUCACCUCCCGCGGCUACUCCGUCACCAAAUACAUCUACGCCAUGUCUCAGAUCGAUCUCCCCCAAUGGCUCGAGACAUCGCGAUUGGUCAAUUCGUGGAGCUCCGAUUCCAAUUGGAUCGGAUUCGUCGCCGUCAGCGACGACGCCGAAUCGGAUCGGAUCGGCCGCCGCGACAUCGUCGUGUCGUGGCGCGGCACGGUGGCGCCGGCGGAGUGGUACGACAAUAUGCAGCAGGACCUCGAGCCGAUCGGCCAGGCCGACGCCAAGGUCGAGCAUGGCUUCCUCAGCAUCUACGCUUCAAAGUGUGAUACCUCGAGGUACAACAAGUCAAGCGCCUCGGAACAAGUCAUGACCGAAGUGAAAAGACUAAUUAACCACUACAAUAAAUUAGGGCAAAAAGUAAGCCUAACCAUCACGGGCCACAGCCUAGGCGGCGCAUUGGGCCUACUAAACGCGUACGAGGCCGCGAAGAAUUUCCCCACGCUGCCCAUCAGCGUGGUCUCCUUCGCGGCCCCGCGCGUCGGGAACAUCGCGUUCCGCGACGAGCUGUACCAAAUGGGGGUAAAGACCCUCCGCGUGACACUAAAGCAGGACGUGGUGCCACGGAUGCCCGGGAUCGUGUUCAACGAGGGCUUGCAGCGGUUCGACGACAUCACGGGCACGUUGGAGUGGGUGUACACGCACGUAGGGGUCGAGCUGAAGGUCGACGCCCGGUCGUCGCCGUACCUUAAGAAGGGAUUGAAUUUGAUAGGGUUUCAUAUGUUAGAGACGUAUCUGCAUUUAGUGGACGGAUACCACAGUAGUAAUUCGGAUUUUCGGGUCGAUUCGAAGAGAGACGUGGCGUUGGUGAACAAGGAUUGUGACAUGCUAGUGGAUGAAUUGAGAAUCCCACCUAAUUGGUAUCAAUUGGCCAAUAAAGGGUUGGUCCAAAACCAACAUGGGAGAUGGGUCAAACCCGAGAGAGAUCCGGAAGAUAUACCAUCACCGACCAACGAAUCAUAUGCAAAUAAUAUUAGUGUUGAAUAUAGUUCUAAAUUGUUAUGAGUUUGAUUUAGUAUUUGAUUAGAAGUAGUAUGAUUUAGAUAACUGAGUUUUGUAUAUGAUGAAGGAAUAUAUCUCAGUUGGUUUA